AUGAUAUUGACAGAGUACGAAAUUCAGUAUACCACACAGAAGGCAAUUAAGGGAAGUGUACUAGCUGAUCAUUUGGCUCAUCAAGCGGUAAACGACUAUCAGUCCAUGAAUUUUGAGUUCCCAGAUGAAGAUAUUAUGCUUGUUAAUGAUUAUGAAGAGCCUGGUCUGGAUGAAGGACCUGAACCAGGAUCCCGAUGGACUAUGGUUUUUUACGGAGCUUCGAACGCACUGGGUAAUGGUAUUGGUGUUGUGAUUAUCUCUCCCAAAGGUGGUCAUACGCCGUUCACUGCGAGACUAUGUUUUGACUGCACCAACAAUAUGGUCGAAUAUGAAGCGUGCAUCAUGGGUCUCAAAUCCGCAAUCGACUUGAGAAUCAAAUUUCUAGAAGUAUAUGGGGACUCAGCCUUAGUAAUCAGUCAGAUCAAAGGAGAAUGGGACACGAAACAUCCCAAUCUCAUCCCUUACAAGGAGCAUGUGUUGACUUUGAUCCCUUAUUUUGAAGAGAUUACUUUUGAGCAUAUCCCGCGAGAAGAGAACCAGUUGGCAGACGCGCUGGCUACCAUGUCAUCUAUGUUCAAAGUCAGGUGGGACAAUGAGGCACCCAUGAUCACUAUUGAAAGAUUGUAUGAGCCGGCACAUUGUUGUGAGAUUGUUACAAAAGAAGUAGACGAGAAGCCUUGGUUCUACGAAGUAAAGAGAUACCUCGAAGCUCAGGAAUAUCUUGAAGGGGAAUCCAUCAAUGAUAGGAAAUUUCUAAGAAGGUUCUCUGCCAAGUUCUUCCCAAAACGGUUUAGAACCAUUAAACCGAAGCUUGGACGUAGAAUCAUGGAACCACCAUGGUUUUUAGAAUGUCCAGGAAUUGCUGCGAAAUCCGCAGGUAAAAUCCCAAGUGAUUCCGCAAGUGAAUUCGCAGGGGGAAAGGUAGACGAAGAUGAACAGUGUAGGAGACCAGUUGACUACACGCGGCGAACAUCCAUUGGCCCGUCAAAUAAUUUCCUUUUCUCUCUCCAUUAUAGUUGGCUGCGGACAAGGAGCUAG